AUGAAAUCAUGAAACAAUACAAUAAUUUUAGAAUUCCUUCUCCUGGGAAUUUCAGAGGAGCCAGAAUUGCAGCCCUUCCUCUUUGGGCUGUUCCUGUCCAUGUACCUGGUCACCAUGCUUGGGAACCUGCUCAUCAACCUGGCCACAGUCUCAGACUCCCACCUCCACACCCCCAUGUACUUCUUCCUCUCCAACCUGUCCUUCGUAGACAUCUGUUUCGUCUCUACCACUGUCCCAAAGAUGCUGGUGAACAUCCAGACACACAACGAAGUCAUCACCUAUGCAGGCUGCAUCACCCAGAUGUGCUUUUUCUUACUCUUUGUAGGAUUGGAUAACUUCCUUCUGACCGUGAUGGCCUAUGACCGGUUUGUGGCUAUCUGUCACCCUCUGCACUACAUGGUCAUUAUGAACCCUCAACUCUGUGGACUGCUGGCUCUGGCGUCCUGGUUCAUGGGUGUUCUGAAUUCCGUGUUACAAAGCUUAAUGGUGUUGCCACUGCCCUUUUGUACACACAUGGAAAUCCCUCAUUUUUUCUGUGAAAUUAAUCAGGUGGUCCACCUUGCCUGUUCUGACACCUUUCUUAAUGACAUGGUGAUGUAUUUUGCAGUAGCACUGCUGGGUGGUGCUCCCCUCACUGGGAUCCUUUACUCUUACUCUAAGAUAGUUUCCUCCAUACGUGCAAUCUCAUCAGCUCAGGGGAAGUAUAAGGCAUUUUCCACCUGUGCCUCUCACCUCUCAGUUGUCUCCUUAUUUUAUGGUACAUGCUUAGGGGUGUAUCUUAGUUCUGCUGCAACCCACAACUCACACACAGCUGCUGCAGCCUCAGUGAUGUACACUGUGGUCACCCCCAUGCUGAACCCCUUCAUCUACAGUCUGAGGAAUAAAGACAUAAAGGGUGCUAUGAAAAGAUUCUUCAGAGGGAAGCAAUAG